CCUCCCGCGGCCACGAGAGAGACGAGUCAAAACAAGACACGAGCCGCACCCGCACCUCAAACGCUCCACCUCCACAGCUCCACUACCUCCCAUGUCGGCUCUGCUCCCCUCCAAAACCUGCCGCCGCUUCCUCUCCCCGCACUCCUAUCGGCAGCCAUCGUAUAAUCCGUAGGCGGGUGGCGGUGUAGAGCCCCACGCCACGUCCCCGCGAGCAGUAGUCUGCGAGCCGGUUGGCCCGGCCGGGAGGAGGCGGUUUGGUUUGUGCUUUGAAGCGAUGGAGGGUGCGUGGAGGAAGGUCAGGCAGGCGCUGGGCCUUCGCCUCUGCGUGCACGCGCCCGCGGCAGGAGGUGGAAAUGUCCAGCCGGCGCAGUCGGGCGCGGGCGGUUGUCGGCGGGAUGCCGCGGUGGCGGUGGCGGCGCCGGGCGAGUCGGGGCCGAACACCCCGGCGGGUGCGAUCCGCCGGUCCAAGUCCGGGGGCAAGUCCUCCUCCUUGCACUCCUCCAAGGAGAAAUGUGCAAUAUGCUUUGCUAGCAUGAGAUCUGGCCAUGGACAGGCCCUUUUCACUGCAGAGUGUUCCCACAUGUUCCAUUUUCAGUGUAUCUCGUCUAAUGUAAAACAUGGAAACUAUGUCUGUCCGGUUUGUCGAGCGAAAUGGAAAGAGAUACCCUAUCGCUCACUAUCUUCUACUAGCCCUCAUGGAAGAAUUGGAGGUGACCAUACUCGAUCACCCCAACAAGAUCCUCAUUUGGCUCUUCACCAGCAAGUUUCGAACCGUCGGCGGGAGGUCCGUCGGUUACGUACUUCUGAGCCAGCAGACUACAAUGAUGAUGAACCUUUGCAGCGCAUGGAGGCUUUUGACGAUCUUAACUUUGGAUCUAGUAAAACUGCUGAGAUCAGCUCAUACCCAGAAUUCCAAGCUGUCCCACAGUCAACAUGUCUAGAUGGAUUUGAUAUUCUGAUCCAUGUGAAGGCCCCAACUUCUAGCUCAGAUGAUGCUACAGGAAGUUUGGUCAAUGGAAGCUCUUUGAGGUUGUCAAGACGAGUUCCUAUUGAUAUUGUUACUGUCCUUGAUGUUAGUGGCAGUAUGGCAGGCACAAAAAUGGCACUCCUGAAGCAAGCAAUGGGUUUUGUUAUUCAGCACCUUCGGCCAUCUGACCGACUUUCAGUCAUUGCCUUUUCAUCUACUGCUCGACGACUGUUCCCCCUCCAACGGAUGUCACAUCAUGGCAGGCAGCAGGCCUUGCAGGCAAUCAACUCACUUGGCGCUGGUGGUGGCACGAACAUUGCUGAUGCGCUAAAGAAAGCUGUGAAGGUGAUUGCGGACCGCAGCUAUAAGAAUUCUGUGUGCAGUAUCAUUCUUCUGUCAGAUGGCCAAGAUACUUACAACAUUUCCUCAAAUUUCCAAGGCACAUCAGCAGGUCGUAGGUCACUUGUUCCAUCUGCUAAUCCAAAUGAGCUCCAUAUGGUACCCCUGCACACUUUUGGAUUUGGAGCAGACCACGAUUCAGAUACGCUGCAUUCGAUUUCUGAAGCUUCUGGUGGCACCUUUUCUUUUAUUGAGGAUGAAGGUGUGAUGCAAGAUGCGUUUGCUCAAUGUAUUGGUGGGCUUCUUAGUGUUGCUGUCCGUGAGAUGCGUCUCAGUAUGGAGUGCGUUGAUCCUGGUGUUCUGCUCUGUUCCAUCAAAAGUGGCAGCUAUCCAAGUAAGGUAGCAAGAGAUGGACGAAAUGGAUUUGUUGAUAUCGCUCACUUGUAUGCUGAUGAGGAGAAAGACAUUUUGCUUUCAGUGACCAUUCCAAAAUCUUGUGAACAGACUUCACUGUUAAGAGUUGCUUGUGCUUACAAAGAUCCGGUGAGCAAUGAGACUAUCAAGAUUCAAGGUGACGAGGUGAAGAUCAAGAGGCCAGCAUCUACUGUAUCUGUACCAGUUUCUAUUGAAGUUGAUCGAGAGAGGAACCGUAUACGAGCUACCAAUUCUAUGGAGUCUGCAUGGGCUGCUGCCGAGAGAGGCGCUCUCUCGGAGGCCGUCACCAUUCUUGAGGACUGCCGGAGGGCACUAUCACAGUGUGUUGCAAGCCAGAAUGGGGACCGUCUAUGCAUGGCCCUUGUCGCAGAGCUACGAGAGAUGCAGGAGAGGAUGGCGAACCGCCAACUUUACGAGGCUUCAGGGAGGGCGUAUAUGCUAUCUGGAUUGAGCUCUCAUUCAUGGCAGAGAGCAACAGCACGCGGAGACUCUACAGAUAGCACCACUCUUGUUCAUUCAUAUCAAACGCCGUCCAUGGUUCAGAUGCUGGAGCAUUCCCAGAAUUUUGGCUCCCUGCCUCAGGGCCGAAGGCCACAAGUCCAGGGAGCGGGAUCAGUCUUAGAGAAGCCUAGUAAGGGAAGGUAACUCACCAUCAUCUCGCCAGUGUCAUGUUUGGAUGAUGGUGAAAGGUUAAUCUUAGCUUUCAUUAGUCUUAGCAUGAUUGCUGGUGGUUUAGCAGUGCCUAUUUAUUCUUUUGCUGAUAGGUUUAUUUGAGUCCUAGUGAGGUUAGAGCAACUCCAACAGAUCCUUAAAUUAUAACUCCCAAAAGGAAGUGAUUGGGAUCUUCUUAAAACUAAUGGAUACAAAAAAGGCAACGAUCCAACAGUUCUCUAUAUUUCCCCAAAAAAAUUUGAAUUCCGUUGCAA